CUCUAUCCACGGCACCCACCCUUUCAAAUGUUCCUGUCAUUAAAUCGUCUGGCCCACUUAAGGCAGCAUUUUUAAAGAGGGAGGUUCUCCGCUAAGAAAAUUGUCUCACUCCACCACCAGCUGUGCAGUCGGUGAGCAGAGAGCAGAUCUAUUCCCUCACAGCAGCCGGAAUGGCAAACAAAGGCCCAUCCUACGGCAUGAGCCGGCAGGUUCAGGAUAAGAUCGAGAGCAAGUAUGACCAGGAGCUGGAGCAGAUUCUGGUGGAGUGGAUCAGCCGCCAGUGUGGUCCUGGUGUCAAAAAGCCUGAGGAGGGAAAAAUUGGAUUCCAGACUUGGCUAAAGGACGGAUGUGUCCUGAGUGAAUUGAUCAACAGCCUUUUUACUGGAGACAAACCUGUGAAGAAGAUUCAGAGCUCACCCAUGGCUUUCAAACAGAUGGAGCAGAUCUCUCAGUUUCUUAAUGCUGCCGAGAAGUAUGGCGUCACCAAAACUGACAUGUUCCAGACCGUAGACCUCUGGGAAGGUAAAGACUUGGCAGCAGUGCAGAGGACCUUGUCGGCUCUCGGCAGCUUGGCGGUCACAAAGGAUGAGGGCACGUACCAGGGUGACCCAAACUGGUUCUUCAAGAAAGCGCAGGAGAACAAGCGAGAUUUCUCCGAUGAGCAGAUGAAGGCGGGCAAGAAUGUGAUUGGUCUCCAGAUGGGGUCAAACAAGGGAGCCAGUCAGGAAGGAAUGAGCUACGGAAAGCCAAGACAAAUCCUGUAAACUCCCCGAGCCACAUAAAUGAUACGUAUUAUUACCCUGAUGCCCUUUUACACCAUCAGAGAGCCUGUAAACACCCGCAUUUGUAAAAAGGUCCUACAUUUCCAAUUCAGUGACCCCUUGCUGCUUUAUCGGGUACCUACUUUCAAAUGAAUAACCCCAAGUCUCAACUUUUGACACAUACCACCACACCGUUGACUUUUGCAGAGCCUCACCUUGCGCCGUCGUCACUCCCAGUUUAGAAAUAUGUGUCAUAAGCAAAAACAGUAAACUACAGUAUAUGAUCCUGGAUUUGGUCACAAGAAGCAUGUAAUCACCAAUCUUUGACAACACUGGGUAAUAUCCAUGCUACUUAAAAAGGAUCUAUACCUCCCGCUAUCAAUGCCUGCUGUAUCAGCACUGUUUUGUACAUUUUCAUAUUAAACAAUGACUUGGAAGUAAA